UUCAAGGAAUAAGUACAAAGAUUGGCAAGAAGAAAAUGCUGAAAAGAACUUAGGAAAUGGAUUAUUAAAAGGUAAAAAAAAAUACAAGUUAAAAUAUUGAUAUAAUAGAGGAAAGUGUAAAAUCAUUUCAGUAAUCAUCAUCAUUUAAUCAUGGGUCACUCCAAGAGAGAGAGAUCAUCUUCUGGAUCUCCUUUUCGGGAGAAGAAAAGGAAAAGGGAGAAACGAAAGCAUAAAGAGAAACACAAGAGAAAGAAAUAUUUAAAAGAAAAAAAAGAAAAAUUGCAUAGAAAACAUUCUUCAAGAAGUUCAUGCUCGUCAAGAAGUUCUAGUUCAGAUUCUGAAUUUAGAUCACGGUAUUCUUCAGAACAUAAAAACAAAGACAGUAAAAAGACUAAAAGGCAGGUAUACGAAAGAAGAUCAAAUUCCUCUGACCGACCAAAAUCUAAGUCUCCGCUAAGACUGAAUACUGAGAGUGGAGCAAUGUCUGCUGAUCAGUCUGAAUCCAAAUCUCCACGUGGGCAGAGUGUAAGAGGUGGAGAAAGUUCUUGUUAUCAUUCACAGUCCAGAUCCCCUAAACAUCUUGUCAGACAAAGAUCAAGAUCUCCAUCUCCUUGUCAGACUUACCUUGGUAAGGAUAUACUAAGGACAGAGACAGAAAUCUUUAAAAGUGAGUUUGAGAUGCCUAAAUCAGCCCUGCAUCUUUCAACUCUUAAUAGUGAAGCUUAUUCACAGCCAUCCAUUGUACCUCAAGAUAGAAACUUGGACAGUGACAAUGUAGAUUCGGAAGAUGAACUUAUGUUUGACUGGGAGAACCAUCGCUCUGAACUUAAUCAAAUGUUUUUUCGAGAUGAAGAUGUUAUUAAAAGGGGGAGUGAGGAAUAUUUUGAUUUCUGGAAGUUUCUUAAAAAGUACCAUGGAUUGCAAAAACAGAAGAAGAUUCGGGAAAUGUGCAGUAGUAAACCCAGUAGAGGCAGUAGUGAAGGGCGAAGUGUGAGUUUACUUUAUCAGUUGCCACUUCAAUAUGACAAAAGAUACAACAUUAACUUUGCCCUCAAUUUUAAGGAUAUUGAUGAUUUGCAAAGAAGGUUACCACCACAAGAUUUAGAAGAUGGCAAAAAGCGACUCUCCAGGAAGAAGCUUGUUGAAAUUAAAUUCAUUAUUUUACUGUAUCUUGAUUUCAUGCAAAAGCAAAGAUUUGAAAAGCUGAAAAAACUACGGAGUUCACAGGCUAACCUUCCCAUUGCAGAACACAAGGAAGAGAUCAUUUCUACAGUUAAAAAAAAUAAUGUUGUGAUAAUUGCAGGUGACACUGGAUGUGGUAAAUCUACACAGGUUCCUCAGUACCUGCUCUCAGCGGGAUUUUUGAACAUAGCUUGUACACAGCCGCGACGCAUUGCCUGCAUAUCCUUAUCCAAGCGUGUUGCCUAUGAAACCCUAAAUGAAUUUGGCUCAAAAGUCGGUUACCAAAUUCGAUUUGAGAAAAAUAAAACUGAACAUACAAGGAUAGUUUUUUUAACAGAAGGACUUCUUCUGAGACAAGUGUCUGUAUGUAGCUCACUUUCUAUGUAUGAUGUUAUAAUUCUUGAUGAAAUUCAUGAACGUCACCUUGAUACAGAUUUUCUCCUAGGGGUCAUGAAAUGUUUGUUAAUGCAGCGGAAUGAUGUUAAAGUUGUGUUAAUGAGUGCUACCAUAAAUAUCGACCUCUUCCAUAAUUAUUUCAUGGGCAAAGCUCCUGUGAUUCAAGUACCAGGUAGAUUGUACCCAAUUAAACUGCAGUAUUUUCCAAUUCCAACUAUCGAGCAAGCCAGUAAAAGAGAGAAAAUUAAUCCUGCACCAUAUGUUCGAAUUCUUCAGUUGAUAGAUAACAAAUAUCCAGAUAAUGAAAGAGGCGACUUGCUGAUCUUUCUGAGUGGUAUGAGUGAGAUAUCAACAGUUGUAGAAGCAGCCAAGAUUUACGCUUCGCAAACAAACAGAUGGAUUGUCCUGUCUCUGCACAGUACCCUCUCUGUUUCUGAACAAGAAAAGGUUUUUGAUGUUCCACCAGAGGGUGUACGGAAAUGCAUCGUUUCUACGAACAUCGCUGAAACAUCAGUGACUAUUGAUGGUGUUCGAUUUGUUGUUGACUCUGGGAAAGUAAAGGAAAUGAGUUAUGAUUCUCAGUCUAAGAUGAGGAAAUUGAAAGAGUUUUGGAUAAGUCAGGCUUCAGCAGAACAAAGAAAAGGAAGAGCUGGUCGCACUGGUCCAGGAACUUGUUUUCGUUUAUACUCUGAACAGGAGUAUUCUUCUUUUUCCCAGUACAGUACUCCUGAGAUAAAGCGAGUGCCUCUAGAUUCUCUCAUCCUUCAAAUGAUUUCCAUGGGGCUACCAAAUAUCAGACUCUUCCCAUUUAUUGAGCCUCCAACCAUAGAAAGUUUAGAGAAUUCCUUAUGUGCUCUAAAAUCUCAGGCAGCAGUUACAGACGCAGAAGAAUUGACUACCAUUGGCAAACUUCUGUCACAGCUGCCCAUGGACGUGAGCCUGGGCAAGAUGCUGAUCAUGGGUUCCCUCUUUCAUCAGGUUGAACCAGUGCUAUCACUCUCGGCAGCCAUGAGUGUACAGAGUCCUUUCACAAAUCGAGCUCAUCGAGAUCCUGAAUGUGUGGCUUCGAUCAAGAGCCUUGAAUCUGAUCAUGGAGACCCCUUUACACUUCUUGCUUCUUACAGGGAAUGGUUAUCUGUCAAGCAUGAAGGUCAUGAAAACUCUCGCAAGUGGUGUAGAAGACGUGGAUUAGAGGAACAACGCUUCUAUGAAAUGACCAAAUUGCGGCAUCAAUUUGCUCAACUUCUACAUGAUUCAGGGCUACAAGAUAUUGCUGGCUGUUCUCGUGCUCAUUUAACAAGUGCAGAGCGAGCUCAGAGGAGUGGACAGUUGAGACAACUUCGUGAACUGAAGAGGGAAUUACACAAAGAGAGACCCCGGAAAACCAAGGUCCUCAAAGUGUUCCAAGGAGAAAGUGUUCCAAGUGAUGAUGAGGAUGUUCGAACUGACAUUAAAGAUGUAGACUUUAGGAUAAAAAAUGAUCAGAAGCAGUUGCAGGACAUAUACCAAAGUUCUACUGUGCAAUCUUAUAAGGAUAUGAUAAUGCUGAAGAUCAUCCUUUGUAGCGGACUUUACCCAAAUGUGGCAAUUGCUGAUGAACAUAACAAUUACAAACCUGGGUCAGAACAGCUCUUUCACACAUCCUCAAAGCCAUUUGCAGCUCUUCACCCAAACAGUGUGUUUGCAAGCCACCCAGAGGUUCUCCAGGUUGUAGACUCAGACAUAAUAGAGCUGCCAGGAUUCACAGCAAGACAUCCCGCUAGCACUAAGCACCAGCUACUGGCUUAUGUAUCUUUACUGGAGACUAACAAGCCAUACCUUGUUGAUACCUUAAGGGUUCCUGCUGCUCAAGUGUUGCUUCUGUUUGGUCACAACUUAGACAGUAAUGCUGAUCUAACUGUAAUAGCAUGUGAUAACUUUAUUGAGCUUAAAUUUCCAGAUGCUAUGUCAGCUCAAAACCUUGUGUUUCAAGCAGUACAACUUCGUCUCAAGUGGAAACAUUUACUUGACCUCAGAAUUCGGGCCACUACACCUUCAAUUGAAAACCAAGACAGACUCAUAACAGAGGCAAAUAGAUUAGAAAAGGAUCUCAUGGUGGGUCUAGUUGACUUUUUCUUAACAGAAACAAUUUACUCAAAACGUCGCCUUCUUGCUGCGGAUAUCAAAGUUCUCCACAAAGGUCCGGGACCAGGUGAUUGUAUCUUAAGUGAAAAUCCAUUCAGUGACUGUGGUGGGGAGCCAUGUCGGUUCAAUGAUAUUAAAGGUGGAGUUGACUUGACAGAUUUUUUCACUUACAAUUGCCUGCUUGAUACCGAAUGUACUGUUACCACCAUCACCACUUAUGAUACUGUGUGUCCAUAUUGUGACCAGGAGUUCCACCUAACUACCCUUGAUCGUCUUGCACACAUGGCACAGUGUUUAAAACAUACCAUGCAGUCCUCAACAGCAGCAGAUGACAAGGUUGAAGAUGGGAGUGAUGGAGAUCCCACAAAGAAAAAGUAUGUAUGUGAUAUUUGCAAUAGGACUAUAUGGUUGAGUAUUAAGGAUAUUUUUAGGCACAAAAAAUCACACAUGGCUUGAUAUAUACAGGCUUUGUGAUAUGAUAGUCAAAUUCUGUUAUUCCAAGCCCAGUUAAAUAAAAAGUUUGAUAUCCAAAAUAUUUCAAAAUAGAUAAGCUGAUAUUUCCUGUUUUUAGCUUAACCCAUAAAAAAAAAAAAAAAAUCUAAUUUAAAUAUGGAACAACAUAUUUUAUUUGGAUAAGAUAUCCAGGAAUUGUAAGUUCUGUACCCAAUAAAUAUUUUUUUACAUUAUCUUAUUGUAUUUAAACUAUGGGCUUGUUGAGUGAUACUGAUUUAUGGUGUAAAAAAUUGUUUGUUACUAGAUAAUACUUGCAGAAGAUUGCAGCUGCUGUAAUACAAUAAAUACAUCUACCAUG